AUGGCUCCAGCAUUUGCAAAGCUGGCUUUGCUGGGUACAGUGCCCCCUGAGCCAUGUUCCCUCCACUGUUGGACAUCCUGGCACCAGGGCAUGAUGAUGGGGAGAGGCCAGAAGGACUCCUACCUGGGUGAUGAGGCCCAGAGACCGGCCACCCCAUGGAGAUGUUCAGGGAGCCUAGCUACUGCUUCACCACCACAGCCAAGCAGGAGCAGGUCAUGCGCAACAUCAAGGAGAAGCUGUGUGACGUCACCCUGGACUUUGUGGAGAUGGCCACCACAGCGUCCUCCUCUCUAUGGAGAAGAUCUAGGAGCUAAGUGGUUCCAGUGUAUGGAGGCACUGCUCCAGCCCUCCUUCCUGGGAAUGGAAUCUUGUGGCAUCCACCAGGCCACCUUCAACUCCAUUAUAAAGUAUGACUUGCACAUCUGCAAGGACCUGCAUGCCAAUGUGGUGCUGUCUGCUGACACCCCCAUGUACCUGGGCAUCACCUACAAGAUGCAGAAGAUCACCACCCUGGUGCCCAGCUCCAUGAACAUCAAGAUCAUCGCCUCCCCUGAGCACAAGUACUUGUGUAGAUUGGCAGCUCCAUCCUGGUUGCCAUGGCCACCUACCAGCAGAUGCGGAUCAACAAUCAGAAGCCGUCUGAAUUGCAGAGGUGAAGAAGGAUACCUGAAAGCUUGGUUAUAUAAUAAACUUCCUUCUACGACGUUAAAAGGUCGAAUACUGCUCUUCGAGAGCAAGAAAAAGAGGAAGCCCCUGGGUAAAACAAGAGCCUAG